GAUUUCCGUUUUGGAGAGUGAGAGAAGAACAUGGGUAGCUUGGCUGUAGGCGGCGGACCUCUUCUCCUGAUGAGGAGAGCUGCAGCUUGCAUCAUCUACCAGCGUGGAAUUUGUUCUGUUCGCUCCACGUCGUGGAGACCAGUUCUGCCUGCUGGCCCAUCGCUGGAUCCUGCGAGCACACGCCUGGAUUUUCAUGGGUUGGCAGUGCCGUGGAGCCACCAGCCAGUUCGCACCAAAGCCCGUGGGAACGAGUAUCAGCCAUCGAAUAUCAAGCGGAAACACAAGCACGGCUGGAUUAAACGCAUCCGUGAGCGCAGUGGGAUUGAAGUCAUUCUCCGAAGGAUGCUGAAAGGGAGGAAGUCUCUGACCCAUUAAAGGUCUCUGUGCCAGGACACACCUGGAGGAAAGCUGAAACGAAGUAUAGCUGCUCUGGAGGUGGUGAGGCAUUCCAGUUGCCCAAGCCACAGAUCUUCCAGUUCAAGCAAUGUGUGCUGCUUCCUGUCUGUCCUUUGGGCCCAGAAUGCAGUUUUCCAACAUUUCUCAUUGGCUAUCUCUUCUCUUGGAUCAAAAUGAAUAUUUAGAAUUGUAUGCCUUAAAAACAACAGAUGUUUGAGAUGUAAUUAUUAAAAGCUGCAUGUUCUUUCCUUA